AUUCAUAAUUGCUUGAGGGUUAUUAAAUUAAGGUCAAUCAAGAUUGAAAGAAUGGACACACACCAUGAGAGAGAGAGAGAGAACUUUGGCUGAGUUAAUUAAAGAUCUAUAAAUAAAGAACAUAAGAGAGAUAGAUAGAGAGAGAAAGAAGAGUGAAUGAGACAUGGAUGUGAAGAAUAUUGUGGUGGUUGUGGAAGAUGUGGAAGCAGCAAGAACUGCUCUACAAUGGGCACUUAGAAACAUCAUUCGCUAUGGUGACAUAAUCACCCUUCUCCAUGUCUACUACCACUCCACAAGAUCAAGAAGCAGAACCAAAGCACGUCUUCUUCGACUCAAUGGCUUCAAAUUGGCCCUUUCCUUUCAAGACAUGUGCAACAACUACCCCAAUACAAAGGUUGAAAUCAUUGUCACGGAAGGGGACCAAGAAGGAACCAAGAUCGCUGCCACGGUGCGAGAGAUUGGAGCCUCCAUGCUUGUGGUUGGACUCCAUGAUUCUAGUUUUCUUUACAAAAUGGCAAUGGGCCAUUCCCAUAAUGGCAUAGCCAGCAUUUUCAACUGCAGAGUACUUGCCAUCAAGCAACCUCAUGCGUCACCAAUGAGGCCCAUGAUAUCUUCAGUGUCUGUGCUAGACAGUUCAACCAACAUGGAUUUUUCACAAAUUCAUGUUUCUAGAUUACAAAUUGCAUUAUUUCAGAGUCCCUCCUACCUCUCCACCAAAAAUUCCAUACCGUAUAUGUCCUAACCCAUCUGCAAUUAUUUGGAGAUCAAGGAAAUCUAGGAGAAGGUGAAGGACACAACUUCGUACAGAAAAA